CCGGCCCCGGGCAGGACUGGUCGAACUAGGGCUCCCCGGGAGGGUCGCUUCGUUCCUCGCGAAGACUUCCGCUUCCGCCAUUCGCCCCUUGUGGCCCACCCUUUUCGUCGCCGGAAGCAGCCGUUGCCCCGAACAACUGCAACUUCCGGCUUUCUAAGUUGGCGGCGGGAAACGCCAUGAGUAAAGGCCGGGCAGAGGCUGCGGCGGGAGCCCCCGGGAUUCUCCUGAGGUACCUGCAGGAGCAGAACCGGCCCUACAGCGCCCAGGACGUCUUCGGGAACCUGCAGCGGGAACACGGACUGGGCAAGACGGCGGUGGUGAAGGCGCUGGAGCAGCUGGCUCAACAAGGCAAAAUCAAAGAGAAGAUGUACGGCAAGCAGAAGAUCUAUUUUGCGGACCAGGACCAGUUCGACAUGGUGAGUGACGCUGACCUCCAGGGCCUGGACGCCAAAAUCGUGGCCCUCACUGCCACGGUGCAGGGCCUGCAGCAGAGCUGCCGCCACAUGGAGGCCGAGCUGAAGGAGUUAACUAGUGCCCUGACCACACCGGAGAUGCAGAAAGAGAUCCAGGAGUUGAAGAAGGAAUGUGCUGGCUACAACGAGAGACUAAGGAACAUCAAGGCAGCCACCAACCAUGUGACUCCAGAAGAGAAAGAGCAGGUGUACAGAGAAAGGCAGAAGUACUGCAAGGAGUGGAGAAAGCGGAAGAGGAUGGCAACAGAGCUGUGUGAUGCAAUCCUUGAAGGAUACCCCAAGAGCAAGAAGCAGUUCUUUGAGGAAGUUGGGAUAGAGACAGAUGAAGAUUACAACGUGAAGCUCCCUGACCCUUGAGGGGGCCUCUGGCUGGACAGGGGAAUGGAAGCAAGGUCUUGGAUUGGCUGCCUCCUUCAGGAAAAUCGGGCUAGGAAGCAAAGAAGGGAGACAGCCUCAAGACCUCUAAAAGUGGCCGCCCUUCCUCUCUGACAAUUUAUGACUUGGGCCACUUUGCCUGAAGGAAGACGGUGACCCGCACGCCUUGACCACCGCUGUCCCAUACCUGAGGCUUACAGUGCUCCUCAAUCCAGCUGAAGACACAGGCCGACAGCUCCUGGAAACUGGCCACAGAGAUGGAGGCAUUGAAGGACUGGAACAGAGAGUCCAUGAUGCCUUGAAACACAUUGAACUUGACUUGGUCAGAGACCUGGUCUUCUCCCUCGUGGGGGUUGUCCUGGUGCGCCUUCACGAUCUGUUCAUAGUUCCUGAAAGCGAGCAGGACAGGGCUACGGUGCGGUAGCAGCUCAGGUCACCCUACGUACUUCCUCGGGAAGGGGUUCCCGGGGAGCUUCUGGGACAGAAAUGAGUGACCCCUCUCUACGCCUAGUUAGCCCCACAGGCACUCUGGUGUCUGCUAUGUAGCGGGACUGGGGUGCAAAGUCCGCUGGCCUUAGCGGCCACCUGCAGGAGAGGAUAAUCUGUUCUGUAUUAUCAGAUGUGGCCCUUGAAUAAGAGAAAGGUAUGAACUUAAGUUGGCCUCAGAGGCCCUGGCCCCCCAAGCUCGGCGUCCCCCUUACACUUUCAUGAUCUUUAGGGCCGUGACGUCCUUGCGUAGCAUGGACACCUCCUCCUCCUGCUUUUUCUUCUCCUUGUGCAAAAACUGGAUGUAGUCAAUAGCUGCAGUGGGGGGCGGGGAGUGGGGAGCACAGAGGAAGUCUCAACCAGAGGGACAAGGCUGACUUUGUUUCCCCUUCCUCCCUUUUCCCCCAACUCUCCCAGUGCAAGCACCCCACUCGGGCCGGGCCGCAAGUGGGUAUAAGGCUCCGGCCUCCUCCUAGCCCCAGAGGCCCCGGCCAUACUCUUCUGUAGGACGAUGGCUUUGCUGAGCUUUUGGGAGCCAAUGGAGAAGUCCUGCUGCUGGCAGGUGGGGACGAUGGUCUGGAGGUCAUCAUAGCCUCUCUGUGGAGACAACAGGGAAAACAAGGGUUCCUUAACUCCAAGGGGUUCAGGAAACUUUCUGUGAACUUGAUUCCAUGCUCACAAACUCAAAGGGGUGGGGGGCUGGAAGGAAGGAGGUUUUCAUGUCCAGGGACUAGAUCAGCUGCCACCAAGGAUGCUUGGGACUGAUGAGGGCAGGGUAGAUCUGUAAUACACAGGGGCCCCCCCUGCACUGGCUGAGGGGCAGGCCUCCCCAGUCACCUUGA